AUGGGCUCCGUCUCACCACCCCUACAUAUUCUUUGCUUUGGCGCAUCGAUCACCGGAGGACACUACCAAUUUGGUCUCGCCUUUCAUCCCUACUCUCGUCGCUUGAGGCAGCGGUUGCAACAAAGCUUUCCGUCCUCCGAGCCGAGCAUUCAUGUGAACGCCCUCCCAGGGGAUUAUGUUUUGAAUGGGAAAUACAUGGCUCGUCUCAGGCCACAACUUGCUCGGGAUACUCCUAGACCUUACGAUUGGAUCAUCGUGCAAGGGGGAGGCAAUGAUCUCAUCGUUGGUGCAAAACCAGGACAGGUUUUCGACGCGUUGAAGAAGAUCUGGCGGACGGCACUGGAUAGUGGGGCGAAAGUGCUGGCUUUGACUGUUACGGAGACUAGUGAUCGGAGUGAUCAGACGAGUGCAAGAUACAAGGCGCUGAAUGACCUCAUAAUAGGCCAUCAGGAGGAGAACUUCUACGUGGCAGAUGUGUGUAGCGCCAUUCCCUGGCCGAAAGAGAAAGCGGAAGUGCACAAGAUUUGGGAUGACGGUUUGCAUUUCACACCUUUUGGCUAUGAUAUGCUAGGGGAUGCUAUUGCGAAUAAGCUGGUUCAGUCAAGCUCUAGCCUGCCGCUUGCGAAGAUGUGA